AUGGAGAACCCAGCCAAGUAUCUCUCAUCGGUGCAGGGGAUUGACUCUGUGCCGGCACCCCUUGGAGAGAUUAUGUGGAACAGCACCGAAACAGAGGCAACAAGCGGCGGGAGGAAGGAUAUGGUGGUGCGCACAGUGACGGGCUGUCUGCUGUCCCUGCUCAUCCUAUGGACCCUCCUGGGGAACAUCCUAGUUUGCUCCGCGGUGCUGCGCUUUCGGCACCUGCGGACCAAAGUCACCAACAUUUUCAUCGUGUCCCUCGCUCUAUCGGAUUUAUUCGUGGCCAUCUUGGUGAUGCCAUGGAAAGCUGUAGCAGAGGUGGCGGGGUAUUGGCCGUUUGGCACUUUCUGUAACGUCUGGGUCGCUUUUGACAUUAUGUGCUCCACCGCAUCCAUUCUCAACCUCUGCAUCAUCAGCGUGGAUAGAUAUUGGGCCAUCUCGAGCCCCUUCCGCUACGAGAGGAAAAUGACCCAGCGAGUUGCCUUUGUUAUGAUAAGCAUCACUUGGACGUUGUCUGUGCUCAUUUCAUUCAUACCGGUCCAGCUAAACUGGCACAAAGCCAGCGGAGAUGACAUGGCUGGGGCGCACAACUCUUCCACGAGUCGACAGAUGGAGGAAAACUGCGACUCCAGCCUGAGCAGAGAGUAUGCUAUAUCCUCCUCUUUGAUAAGUUUCUAUAUACCCGUGGCAAUUAUGAUUGUGACUUACACCCGCAUAUACCGGAUUGCACAAAUACAAAUUAGAAGAAUCGCCUCCCUGGAGAGAGCGGCAGAGCACGCGCAAAGCUGCAGGACCAACAGAAUAGAGUGCCAACACCACAACACCUUGAAAACGUCGAUCAAACGGGAAACCAAAGUGUUCAAAACUCUGUCGGUGAUAAUGGGUGUCUUUGUGUGUUGCUGGUUACCUUUCUUCAUCCUAAACUGCAUGGUCCCGUUUUGCGACAGGCCCGCCACAGACCGGGACGCGGGUCUACCGUGCGUCAGCGAGACGACGUUCGACGUCUUCGUGUGGUUCGGCUGGACCAACUCCUCCCUAAACCCCAUUAUUUACGCCUUCAACGCCGAGUUCAGGAAGGCCUUCGCCAGCCUCCUGGGCUGUCGCUAUUUCUGCUCCAACACACCGGUGGAAACUGUUAACAUCAGCAACGAGCUGGUCUCAUAUAACCAAGAUACCCUCAUCCACAAGGAAAUCGCGAACGCCUACGUCAACAUGAUCCCCAACGUGGUUGAAUGUAUUGAGCACGAAGAGACUUUUGACAGGAUUUCACAGUUCUCUCACAACAAUGAAAACGCCACCGAUUCGGUUUGUGACUUGGAUGACUGCGAGGCAGAUAUCAGCCUUGACAGGAUGUCACCAUUCACACCCAAUGGAUUACACUGA